AUAAAUACUCAGAGAAAGGUUCAGUCGGUCUCACAGACGUCAGAGAUCAAAUCAGACAUCUGAGCUGUCCGUGUUUGGGGUCAUCAUGAGGGUGUUUGCAGUAAUCCUUGCUCUUGCAGUCAUCUCAGGAUGCCGUGCACGAAGUGUUCUCCAGGACGAAUGGCAGAGCUCAUGGGAGGUCACGGUGCAAAAGUUGAAUGAUUAUUUUGCAGAGCUGAACACCAAGGCUGAUGAGGUGGUGAAGGACAUCAGGAGCUCCCAGAUCAGCCGAGAGCUCGACACCCUGAUCCAGGACAGCAUGUCGGAGCUGGCCAUGUACAAAGACGACCUGCACACCAAGCUGGCCCCCUACACCCAGGAGGCUGCAGAGCGCUUUGGAAACGACCUGCAGCUGCUGGCCGACCGGCUGCGUGGACACAUGACCGACGCCCGCGAUCAGAUGGACAGGUACGUCCAGGAGCUCCAGGCCAUGGUGGAGCAGAACACUGAGGACGUCACGGCCCGGAUGUCCACCUACACCCGAAAGCUGCAGAAACGCCUUCAGAAGGACACCCAGGAGAUCCAGAGACACGUUUCCGACUACCUGGAGGAGCUCCAGAACCGCGCCUCAGACAACGUGGAGGACAUCAAGGUCAGACUGGACCCGUAUUUUGCUCAGGUGCGAGACAAAGCCGAGGCAAAGAUCACCACCCUGAACGAGCUGCUGAAGAACCAGGUGGACAGCCUGAAGGACCAGGUCCAGGCGGCCUCUGAGGACAUCAAGGGCCGCUUGGAGACCUCCACCCAGGACCUGCGCUCCACUCUGGGCGGGAAGAUGGAGGAGCUGCGCAACUGGCUCGAGCCGUACGUCUCCAUGAUCAGAGAGGUCAUGUAAACGGCGCCGGCGACCAGAACUGCUGAUCCAGAACCGUUUCAUGCAACAGAAUUCACCAAUAGAACCAGCUACAGACCAGAAGUUUGUCUCCAACGAUGCUUUGAUGUGUCUUCACAAAUAAAGGUUAAAAAAAAAA